UAAUAUAUUUAAAUAAGGAAAGUGGGAAAUUAACACAUAACAAUAUAUAAUAAUGGGGGACGACCACGCAGUGAACUUAUCGGAGUCAAGAGGUUUCAUCAGGAAAUUCAAAGCAGGAUUGAAAGAAACGUUUUUCCCAGACGAUCCGUUCAGGCAGUUCAGGAACGAGACCGAGGGUCGUCGGAGAUCCAUAAAAGCUUUGCAGUACUUCAUUCCCAUCUUCGAGUGGCUUCCCAAUUACUCUUUCCGUCUCUUCCUCUCCGACCUGCUCGCCGGCCUCACCAUCACCAGCCUCGCCAUCCCUCAGGGCAUUAGCUACGCCAAGCUCGCCGCCAUCCCUCCCAUCGUCGGCCUCUAUACGGCCUUCGUUCCGCCUAUUAUAUACGCCGUUUUCGGGAGCUCAAGGCACGUGGCAGUGGGUCCGAUCGCAUCGUGCUCCUUGAUCAUAUAUGAGAGUAUUUCGAGCGUAGUAUCUCCGGACGACAAUCCAGUGUUGUAUCUUCAUUUGGUUUUCACAUCCACCUUCAUCACUGGUGUGUUCCAGGCUGCUCUGGGUGUUUUAAGGCUGGGGAUAUUGGUGGAUUUCUUUUCGCAUUCAACUAUUACAGGCUUCAUGACUGGCACCGCCAUCAUUCUCAUAUUCCAACAAUUGAAGGGCUUGUUUGGCCUCAAACAUUUCACCACUAAAACCAACGUCCAAGGUGUUAUCCGCGCCAUCUGGCGCUACAGAUCCGAGAUAAGGUGGGAGACUACUGUUCUUGGUCUGGUGCUUCUUGCUUUCUUGCAGUUCACUAGAUUCGUGAAGUACAAAAAUCCAAAACUCUUUUGGGUACCAGCUCUGGGUCCAAUCAUAACGGUCGUGGUUUCUGGCGUUUUCACUUUCCUUGUUAAAGGCCAAGAUCAUGGAAUUCAAAUUGUGGGUCACCUGGACAAAGGAAUCAAUCCUCCCUCCAUUCACUUGUUAAACUUUGACUCUCGGUAUAUACCAUCGGUGUUGAAAGCUGCCUUAAUCACAGGCAUUUUGUCCUUGGCGGAAGGCAUAGCAAUAGGAAGGAGUUUUGCUGUGAUGGAUAAUACACCUCAUGAUGGAAACAAGGAGAUGAUAGCAUUUGGCCUCAUGAACCUGUGCGGUUCUUUCACUUCAUGCUACUUGACAAGUGGACCGUUUUCUAAGACUGCGGUGAAUUACAACGCAGGUUGUAAGACAGCCUUUUCAAACAUAGUACAAUCGAUUCUAAUAGCAUUAGCACUUAUAUUCCUAGCUCCUCUCUUCGGUUACACUCCUCUGGUGGCUCUAGCUGUGAUUAUUAUUUCUGCAAUGAUUGGCCUCUUGGACUACCACGAGAUGGCUCACCUCUUCAGAGUUGAUAAGUUUGAUUUCCUCAUCUGCAUGGCUGGCAUUCUUGGGGUCGCCUUUAUAAGCAUGGACAUCGGUCUCGCAAUGUCCGUGGGGCUUGCUUUGUUGAGAGCACUCUUAUAUGUGGCUCGACCUGCCACUUGUAAACUGGGAAGGUUAUCUGAUUCGGGUUUGUAUCGCGACGUGGAGCAGUAUCCAAACUCAUCGAACGUCCACGGCGUCCUAAUUAUACAAAUUGGUUCUCCUCUUUACUAUGCAAACUCCAAUUAUAUCAAAGAAAGGAUUUUGAGGCACAUCCGAAGUGAGCAGGCCUCUGGAGAUUCCGUUGAGCACCUUAUACUCGAUUUUUCAGGAGUUACAUCGAUCGAUAUGACUGGCAUCAAAGGAUUGUUGGAGGCACGAAGAGUAUUGGAGAAAAAUGAUAUACAGAUAUUGAUAGUGAAUCCAAGACUGGAGGUAGUAGAAAAGCUAGUGACAUCUCACUUUGUGGACACCAUUGGGAGGGAGUCUUUCUACUUGACUAUAGAUGAUGCGGUGAUGGCAACUCAAUAUUCUCUCCGAAAAUCCAGAAAAGCUGACACAAUUAUCUGAUUAUAUAUAUAUAAUUCAGUGUCUCUUUUUCAUCAUCAAGAAGAUGAUUAUGAUAACGUGUAGAUAGGUUUGUCACGAGCGGAGUAGAAUGUACUGGUUUUUUGUUGUUAACUUAGGAAAUUCCAUUUGAGCGCAUUAUUUCCCUUAAUUAUGUCCCUACGCAAUAUUUGGUUCCUGAAAUUCGCGAAUAAAAUAGGAUGUGUAAACCCUCUGUAACAUUAGUGUAUAUCUGUAUCAG